AUGUGGUGGCCUGGAGGUGAUUUGUCACAGGAUCCAUCAGAAUAUUUUAUGGUCAGGCACAUAUUUGGUAGCGUCUCAUCUCCAUUUUGUGCUAAUUGGAGUCUGAAGAAGACAGCUCAAGAUCAUCAAGAUGAAUUUGACGAAAAUGUUGUCAAAGCAGUUGAGCGAAAUUUUUAUGUUGAUGAUUACCUGAAUGGCUCAUCUACUGUAGACCAGGGAAUUCAUAUUGUUCGAGAAACGAAUAAAUUGCUGGAGAAAAAAGGAUUUCAUCUAGCAAAGUGGAAAAGUUCCAAUCCUGAAGUUCUGUCUGAGAUUCCUGCUAAAGACAGAGCAGACACUGCGUCAAGUGUAAAUUUAGAACCUGAAAAAAUCGAUAGAGUACUCGGAAUAAAGUGGAAUAUCCAAGAAGAUUGUUUUGGAUUUGAUGUUAAUGUGAAAUCAAAACCCGCAACAAAACGAGGGAUUUUGUCUGUACUCAGUUCGAUAUUUGACCCGAUGGGAAUAGUGGCACCUGUAAUACUAAAGGCAAGGAUAUUGAUGCAGCAGUUAUGUCGAAAUAAUUAUGGAUGGGACGAUGAAAUAUCGAAUAGUGAAAAUUUAUUGUGGAACAGAUGGCUCGAAGAUAUUCCCGGACUUGAGAAUAUAUUCAUGCAAAGAUGUUUCGCGCCUUCUGGUUUUGGCAAUAUUGUGACUCGUCAAAUACACCAUUUUGCAGAUGGCUCUGCAGUUGCCUAUGGAACGGUAUCGUAUUUGCGACUAAUCAAUGAAGAUGGGAAGAUUCAUGUUGCGUUUCUUUUAGGAAAAGCUCGACUUGCACCCAUCAAAACUGUUUCAAUACCACGGCUGGAGUUGAGACGUGAAUUAGACUUCGAAGAAAAUAGAGUCGAUGUUUUGGACAGACUCAACUUCCGUGCUUUUGAGUAUUAA